GUCAGAGGCGGCGUGGUGAGUGCUGGGAGCGGUGGCUGCGCACCGGGAGCUGAGGUAAAGCUGCGCUUUCUGCCCUCCCAGGCCGCGCACGAGCUGGCUAACCCGGUUUGUAAAAAUGGAAUUUCAAGCAGUAGUGAUGGCAGUUGGUGGGGGAUCUCGGAUGACAGACCUGACUUCCAGCAUUCCCAAACCUCUGCUUCCAGUUGGGAACAAACCUUUAAUUUGGUACCCAUUGAACUUGCUUGAGCGUGUUGGAUUUGAAGAAGUCAUUGUGGUUACAACCAAGGAUGUCCAAAAGGCUCUAUGUGCAGAAUUCAAAAUGAAAAUGAAGCCAGAUAUUGUAUGUAUUCCUGAUGAGGCUGACAUGGGAACUGCAGAUUCUCUGCGCUACAUAUAUCCAAAACUUAAGACAGACGUUCUGGUCCUGAGCUGUGAUCUGAUAACAGAUGUUGCCUUACAUGAGGUUGUGGAUUUGUUCCGAGCUUAUGAUGCAUCACUCUCCAUGUUAAUGAGAAAAGGCCAAGAUGGCUUACUACCAGUUCCAGGUCAAAAGGGGAAAAAAAAAGCAGUGGAGCAGCGAGACUUCAUUGGAGUGGACAGCACAGGAAAGAGGCUGCUCUUCAUGGCUAAUGAAGCAGACUUGGAUGAAGAGCUGGUCAUUAAGGGAUCCAUCCUACAGAAGCACCCUAGAAUUCAUUUCCACACAGGUCUUGUGGAUGCCCAUCUCUACUGUUUGAAAAAAUACGUCGUGGAUUUCCUCAUGGAAAAUAAGUCAAUCACUUCUAUCCGGAGUGAACUGAUUCCAUACCUAGUGAGAAAACAGUUUUCCUCAGCUUGCUCACAACAAGGACAAGAAGAAAAAGAUGAAGACCUAAAGAAAAAGGAACUAAAGUCCUUAGAUAUUUAUAGUUUUAUAAAAGAAGCCAAUACACUGACCUUGGCUCCCUAUGAUGCCUGCUGGAAUGCUUGUCGAGGAGACACAUGGGAAGACUUGUCCAGAACACAGGUCCGCUGCUAUGUCCACAUCAUGAAAGAGGGGCUCUGCUCUCGAGUGAACACGCUGGGACUCUACAUGGAAGCAAACAGACAGGUGCCCAAAUUGCUGCCUGUUCUUUGCCCAGAAGAAUCACUGGUUCAUUCAUCAGCACAGAUUGUGAACAAACACCUGGUUGGAGUUGACAGCCUUAUUGGGCCUGAUACACAGGUUGGAGAGAAGUCAUCCAUUAAGCGCUCUGUCAUUGGUUCCUCCUGUCAUAUAAAAGAUAGAGUGACUAUUACCAAUUGCCUUCUCAUGAACUCAGUCACUGUGGAGGAAGGGAGCAGCAUACAGGGCAGCGUCAUCUGUAACAAUGCCGUGAUCGAGAAGGGAGCAGACAUCAAGGACUGCUUGGUUGGAAGUGGCCAGAGGAUUGAAGCCAAAGCUAAACGAAUGAACGAGGUGAUCGUGGGGAAUGACCAACUCAUGGAGAUCUGAGUUCUGAGAAAGGAACACUCCUUUCCUUUCGGCCCCCAAAGCUACAGAUGUUAUCUGGCCCACCUAUUUGAUUCUGUAUUUAUUUCAAUAAAGAAGAUCUUCCAAAGACAUGUUGACUACUGA